ACCACCAUACACCACAUUCCCCGCUUCUCCUCGCAGCCAGCAGGCAAGCAUCCAGGAGCGAGCCAAGUAGUUCAAUGCGGUCUCCAUGAUUGUCUAAAUAAAAAUACGUGCUUUUUCCUGCCAAUCUUUACGCGGAGUAUCAAUCUGAUCGCGGAGCAGCAUCACAUCCCCGAUCGUGCCCAGUUGAUGCUCAUUUCCUCACCAUGGCAACAGAAGAUAAGAAACCAGAGACUGACACGAAACCUCCCGUUGUCCAAUCGUCAUCUUCCAGUCAAAGCAAGUCUGCACCUGGCAAGCCAAACUACAGCCUGAAGUUCACACUAGCGGGCCACACCAAAGCGGUCUCCUCCGUCAAGUUCAGUCCGAGCGGAGAGUGGCUCGCCAGCUCAUCGGCUGACAAACUCAUCAAAAUCUGGGGCGCGUAUGACGGCAAGUUUGAGAAAACCAUUUCCGGACACAAACUUGGUAUCUCUGACGUGGCAUGGUCCUCUGACUCCAACCUCCUGGUGUCGGCAUCGGACGACAAAACCUUGAAGAUCUGGGAUGUCAGCUCGGGGAAAUGCUUAAAAACUCUUAAAGGUCACAGCAACUACGUCUUCUGCUGCAACUUCAACCCCCAAUCCAACCUCAUCGUGUCAGGAUCGUUUGAUGAGAGCGUAAGGAUAUGGGACGUGAAGACCGGGAAGUGUUUGAAAACAUUGCCGGCACAUUCUGACCCUGUCUCAGCUGUUCAUUUCAACAGAGACGGCUCUCUGAUCGUGUCCAGCAGCUACGAUGGUCUUUGCCGAAUCUGGGACACAGCAUCGGGCCAGUGCUUAAAGACACUCAUAGAUGACGAUAACCCUCCGGUGUCCUUUGUGAAGUUUUCCCCAAAUGGAAAAUACAUCCUGGCGGCUACACUGGACAACACGCUGAAGCUGUGGGAUUACAGCAAAGGAAAGUGCUUGAAAACGUACAGCGGCCACAAAAACGAGAAGUACUGCAUAUUCGCAAAUUUCUCAGUCACUGGGGGAAAGUGGAUCGUGUCCGGCUCCGAGGACAACAUGGUGUACAUCUGGAACCUGCAGACCAAGGAGAUCGUGCAGAAGCUCCAGGGCCACACAGACGUCGUCAUAUCGACCGCCUGCCACCCGACAGAGAACAUCAUCGCGUCUGCGGCUUUAGAAAACGACAAAACCAUCAAGCUAUGGAGAAGCGACUGCUAAGCUCUUUUUGGGGCCGAUCAUAUUCCUUUUUUUUCCUGUUUUGUUGUAAGAAAGGACUUUUUUCUAAAGGAGAGCUCCUGCGUGAUGCAGAGGGCUUCCACGUAAUGAAACCCAGCAAGGAGAACCAAAUGAGACACAGCAUCAUCGGGAAAAAACCACCCCACAUCUUCUGCAGCGGACGCGUUCCCCUCGUCACAUACGAUAUAUUCCCAUGUCAGCGUGCCAGGUUUUUGUUGCCUCCACAGGGACUUUUUUUUUCAAGACUUUUGUUAUACAAUGCUGAUGCUCUGUUCUGGUGCUCCAGUAUUAUUGACACUGCAUUGACCCCUGAUGUCCCGGGCUUCAUACCCACCACCCAUAUCUGCUCUUGUACAAUAAAUGUAGUGCUUAUUUGGCCUUUCUACGAUUUAUUUUGCCUUAUUUUUUUCACAUUGUCUGUGUAAUUGUUGAUUGGCUUUCAAUGAGGUGACUUUAACAUCAACAUUGAGGAACAAAAUAUCCUUAUGGCUGUUAUUUUUCCGAAAGGCACAUCCAUUCAUUCCCCCCCCCCCCCCCCCCCCCCUGAUAUCAAAUACCAGACCUCAAAAGUGUACUAUGGUAAGAUUUAUUGCAAGUUUGUAAGUCAUAUUAGGGCAAUAAACCAGGAUCUGAAGUUUUGGAAGCCAAGAAUUAGUCAAUAAAAAGUCAGCUUGACAGUACCAUUAAAACAUUUUUUUAAAGCCCCCUUUGAGAAUUUAAUGUUUUAUUAUAACAGUGACCAAAUGCAGAUAUAUUGUCGUCUAGAUUUGUACAUAUUACAUUGACGUAUUGUGUUUUUUAGUCUUUAUUUGCUUCAGUAGCUCCUAUUGUAGUCCUACACACCAGCAGCAUCUGUCCUCUGUACUUAACCUGGAUUUCUGUGGAAUACAUGUUUGCAUUUGACAGCUCUAACCUGAAUAAAACCAGUUUUGUAUGUUUAA